AUGUCUGAGCCCUACGGUAUGACCUCACUUAACCUUACUUCCUUAGAGGUCCUUGCUCCAAAUAUAGCCACAUGGGAUCGGGGCUUCAACAUAGGGAUUUGGGGAAGGGACACAAACAGGUGUCAAGCACAAACAGGACACAAACAUCUGGCUUCCCUGGUCUCAGUGGUAAAGAAUCUGCCUGCAAUGCAAGAGACGUGGGUUCGAUUCCUGGGUCAGGAAGAUCCCCUGGAGAAGGAAAUGCCAACUCACUCCAGUAUUCUUGCCUGGCAAAUCCCAUGGGCUGAGGAGCCUGGUGGGCUGUAG